AUUCGCACCGAGGAACGUACUGCUGAACACAUAUUUAACAUGGUUCAUUGCCGUUCAGUUUGGAUGCGUUGGCUCGUGCGCUUGGCUAUUGUCUUCUUAUUGACAGUGAUGUUGGCGCUGAUGGGGAGUGACAAGGCGGCGCUGAUGGGGAGGGACAAGGCGGCGCUGAUGGGGAGUAACAAGGCGGCGCUGAUGGGGAGUGAGAAGGCGGCGCUGAUGGGGAGUGAGAAGGCGGCGCUGAUGGGGAGUAACAAGGCGGCGCUGAUGGGGAGUGAGAAGGCGGCGCUGAUGGGGAGUGACAAGGCGGAAAUCACAAACUUGGAGACACGGACUAACACAACAGCGGAAGUGCUGACCGGCGCAGAGAGCGGAGCGGCCGUCCAGCGCGCGAGCACCAACGUCACGGAGCCAUUCGUGAUUCCUACUCGGAAGUACACCGUUCCAGGGUGUCCUUGUGCCAGGCAAGGGCUGGACGUGAGGAUCCUGCAGGAGAGGCAACGCGAGGCCAGAGAGCGGCCGGAGGCGUUUCCCAAGAGGUUCCUCAACCGGUUCUCCUUCGAGGGAGAAUCCACGUGCUCGGAUUUCGCCACGCAGCGCGGGGGGAACCAGAGGGUCGUCAGCUACUCCUACUACACGACAACUGGGCAGUCAAAGCCAGGGAGCGAGACCUUUCACAAGUACCUGGGCCAGCUGUACGGGACCGCGAAGAAGGUCCACACAUCGUACCCCGACUGGGUUAUGAGGAUCUACCACAACGUCUCCAUCGAGGAUACGUUCGGCAUGCAGACGCUGUGCCACCUCCACUGCAAUUACGCCCAUGUGGACCUCUGCCAUGUCCACGACCUGCCGGCCCUGGGGAAUUUGAAUGCCAGAGGCGUCGUCGGGCGUCUGUGGCGAUUUGCUGUGAUGGGAGACCCGACCGUGGAGUUGUUCAUUUGCCGAGACACUGACAGUUGGAUCUUGAACAGAGAAGUAGCGGCCGUGGCAUCGUGGUUACAGUCUGGUCGUACUUACCACCUCAUCCACGACCACCCAAGUCAUAAGCACAUCAUAAUGGCAGGUCUUUGGGGCGCCCUCAACAGAUACCCAAAGGUGAUGAGAAACGCCCGCGACAAGAUGUUUAAUAGAACCUACAAUUUCCAGAAGUUAUUUGACCAGCAGCUUCUCGCCGAGCUCGUUUGGCCCGUCAUCAAGCACGAUGUCAUUAACCACGACAGCUACACGUGCAACAUCCACGAGAGCGCCGUGCCCUUCCCGAUGCGCCGAGGCAGCACCAAGUACUGCGGCUGGAGCCCCAUCAGGACUCACGCGAUGUCCCUGAUCAAAAAGACGCUGUGUCCGAUUCAGUGUCGCCCGCCCGGGAAGCUCAGGUGGAGCCGCUGCUGAGCCCGGGGAUCGAACGCAUGCGGAUGAGGAUAAAAUAAUGGCAAUCGGAUCUUCACUCAGGAUAACUUCGUCUACGCACUGACAAAAACGACUGCUACUUGUGCGUAGCUGUGUAUCAAUGUACAUAAUAAAGAUCUAUAAGGAAGGAGAGAAAAUAGGAUGUGUUGCUGAACUAAUGAAGAAUGAGGAUAAACCAAUGGAUCCUUUUCCUUCAUCUCAUUUAAUCGACAAUUUGGACUAUUUUUGAAAAAAUAAUAUAUCAGAGGACAGUCAUUUCUUCCAUAGAGAGACUGCGGACCAAUUGUUAUUUUCCUGCAUAUACUUUCAGUGAUUACUAUUACUGUUCUUGUCAAUAUGUCAUUAUUCUUUUUUCAUAUAUUCUGUUCUGUUUCAAAUAUUACCAUUGUUCUGUUCCAUAUAUUACUAUUCUAUUUCAUACAUUCUGUUCUCUUUCAUAUAUUUCUGUUGUCUCAUAGAUUACUGUUCUGUUCUGUUUUAUAAACAAAAGUGCGAGAGGAAUUGGACCAUAAGGAUGAAAAUCAGGGUAAUAUCAAGACCAUAUCGUCAUUCCACACUUAUCACUAUAAUAUAUCGUAAUUACAGCUACCAUUUGGAGAUAAAGAUAACUGUCAAGCAAUGCAGCCGGAAGGCCAAUUUACCACAGGAGACCACAUGUGAGCACAAUGUCUUAAGCAGGGAUUUCGCUGAUCAAGAAAUUGCAAGAAUUUUCAUAUUUGACAUAAUCUCUUUUGAUAGGUGAAUCUUUGAAUUAAAUAUCUGGCGUCUUUUUGUGAAGUGAGCUUGGAAAAUGCAAACAAUUUGUUAGAAUGGGGUAAGGUGGGAUGAAAAAAGUACCAUACUGGAAGAGAUAUGUAUAUUUCGUUGUCUUGUGUUAAUGAUAAUAACAAUAAAAUUUCUAACGAAUA